GGUCAGACAGCGUCUGCCUCGUGCAGCAACGGGAGGAGUAGCCGAGACCUUAGACAAGCGUAGUAGAUAACCAUACACCUCCUGGAAUGACGUGCACCGCAUACGCAGCCUGCACAUUAGGUUACAAUGAGAGGGAUCAUCUAACAGUAACGAUUGGGAUUCACCAACAAUUGUUUUCCUAAAGUUAUAGUUAUUAACUGCCUGGUCCCUAUUGAUGACAACCUCCAGGUUCGAAGCGUGUUUAGCCCAUGACGGAUCUACAAAUCUGUUGUAGCCCUGUGUCUAGUCAGUGGUGAAAGAUGCUGGAUGGAUUACAUGGGGGCCAAUCUUGUGUACCCUCCUCCAGGCCAGUGUCAAUCAGCAUCAGCAGCCUCUCUUUGUUACCACGUUGUUUUUACAUGGAUGGGAGCAAUCAUCCGAUCCGGAGGACUCUCUACCGGCUGAAGCUAGUGAGUUCUCCUAACCUCACUCAGUUGGGGAAGAGUGAAAAAGCCUCAUUGGAGGACAGGGGGAAUGGACCCAAUGCUGUCUGGAACAGCAUCCACAAUGCAGUCAUUGGCGUGUUCCAGAGAAAAGGCUUGGCCGACAAUGAGCUGUAUGCCCUAAAUGAGGGUGUGAGACAGCUAUUGAAAACAGAGUUGGGCUCCUUUUUCACUGAGUAUCUUCAGAAGCAGUUACUGACGAAAGGAAUGGUCAUUUUACGUGACAAAAUCCGCUUCUAUGAAGGUCAGAAAUUAUUGGACUCGUUAGCUGAGACAUGGGACUUCUUCUUUGGCGAUGUCCUCUCCAUGCUGCAAGCCAUAUUCCACCCAGUUCAGGGGAAAGAGCCCUCUGUGAGACAGCUGGCACUGUUGCACUUUCGGAACACCAUCACUCUCAACAUGAAACUGGAGGAGGCCUUGUCUCGACCCCGUGCGCGCGUCCCCCCUUCUAUCGUCCAGAUGCUCCUGAUACUGCAGGGAGUUCAUGAGUCCCGAGGCGUGAGUGAGGAGUACAUCAGGCUGGAGGCGCUGCUCCAGAGGGUGGUGUCCCCCUACCUGGGAACUCAGGGACUGCGCUCUCACCAAAACCCCCUCUCCGAAUGCUCUUACACACUAGACAAGCAUUUGCACUGGGCUUGGUCCAAGCCAGGUGACGCACACACCGUCAACCCCGUUGUGCGAUCGAAGAGCUACAACAUUCCGAUGCUGACGCCAGUGGCGGAGUACGACUCAGAGGUGGGCUCUCUGGGCAGCGUGGGCAUCCGCCGCCACUCCGCCUGCGAGGUCUCGGCCUGCUUGGAGCAGCCAGGCUACCCCAUGCUUGGCACUACCGUGGACACGGGCUCAACCCCCAGGCUCUGCCUCGAGCAUGACCUCCCUUUGCGAGGCGCCCCGGUCCAGCCCGGCCUUCUCUCGUCCGCCAUCUUCCCUCCACAUUGUGCAGGGACCCUCCACCCGCCCGGUGGUCAGCCCUGUCACCCUGAGCUGGCCAAAGCCCACUCCUCCCCCGCCAGCUGCUCCUCCAGCCCAGAGACCACCAUCGUCCAAGGUCUCGACUCCCUGGACUCUGACCAGGAAGGGAUCUUCAUUGACUUCUCUCACUGCCGCUCAGAGUCAUACGGUACCACGCGUCAGACUAGCUAACCCACCAGAAACCAAUGAUUCACCUACAGUACACCCACCACAAGGAUGUUAAUAUACUCACUUGCUGAUGUUUUUCACCCAACUUCAGUUCUCUGUCAUUAGGAUGAAGAUCUCUAUACAUUCCUUAUUUUAGAGCCUUUUGUUAUCUUAGUUUGUAAUGUCGCCUUGAGGAUAAGGGCAGGCUUGUCAUGUUUGUCAUGUGUGUACUUGUUUUUCUAAGAAAUCCAUGUCUUCUCUACAUCUUCAAACUUCCAUGUUUUCUAGUUUUUUUAUUAGUUUUGAGGAUAUUACUUGAUGAGUAGAUGUACAUGACGCUUUGUUCAGAUUUCCAUGAAGUCAAAACCAUGUAAAAUAUAUUGGCCUUUGCUUUUUUAUUACUGAUGUUUGAAACUUACAUGAAUUUUACACAAUGAAAACUUUAAAAAGAAUCACUUUUCACUAUUGUCAAAUUAUUUCUUAAAUUAAGUUGGCCAGUUUAAUAUGUUUUGAUAGUUAUUUUUAUGCUAAAUAGAGUAGCUUGCAUUUUUGUUGGAUGAAUAUUGGCGCUAUCUUUUCUAAAGUAGUGAAGCAAACCUACAUAAUAUAUCAAGGUAAAGCUCUACUUGAUUGUCACAAGUUUAUCACAAGAUUAUCACAAUUGUAUUAAAGAACACAGAUCCCAUGUUA